UUUUCCCGCUAUUGGUAUAUCACAAAUUGUCGAAAGACAUUAACUUUAAAUACUUAUUUAACUUUAAAUACGCUCAAAUCACCAUUCGCUAGUAUAGUCACACUAAAAAAUGUCGUGCGUUUUUCGAAAGGGCAUUUGGAGAGAUACCAUGAAUUUAUCGUAAGACUUAUAGUCUUAUUGUGAAGUUUAUUUUGCUGUCUAUAGAUCGCAGUCCAUCGAGAACUCGCCUUCGGCUCGGAUCUUUAUCACCCGUUACAACGCGCUCUCUCGUUCUGUAUACAUUACUUAGCCGUAUUUGAUGCACUGCAACAUUCGCAAGUGUAAAUGAGCCUUACCAAAGAAACUACGAGUGUGUACAAGCUUUAUCGAUAUAACAAUUUACGCUGAAUAUUAAUCUUUCGGAUUCACUACAGUACUAGAUUUUUAUCAACAAGAACCCCGAGUUCACGCAGCUAUGCGUCUAGUUAAAUGAUAAACAGAUAUAUUACAUGGCCACUCGCUGCGCUCGGUCCGUACUGUUUAUCAAAGGACAUGUUAUUAAUAAAUAAUGCCAGUGCAGAUGUUAUUUAUGAGCACCAAAACUGUCUUAGUCAUGGACUGUCCGCAUCAAAUCUUGGUCUUUUUAAUUGUUCUUAAAUUUUUACAAAUCGCGAAAACUUCAGAAAUCAUGAAACAACAAGGCCUUUUCCAGUUUGGGAACAUUGUGAAAGUUUCUGAAGGAAAUAUCUUGCAGAAGAGUGAAAGUUUUCUUUCAAAGGUGACAACGAAGAAUGAAGUGGAGUGCUGGGUCAACUGCGUGUUGAACGAACGAUGUUUUUCACUGAAUGUUGUAUUUGUGAACCAAACCUUUCUGCAAUGUGAACUUUUCAACUGGACAGGAAUUAACUGGAAUGCUUCACUUGCACCAAAGAAGAAUGGUUAUUAUGCACAAAUUCAGGAUCAUUGUCAGAGCUGUUUGAACGGUGGAACAUGUGUGGAGUCAUCAGCAGAUUAUAAAUGCKCAUGCUUAUUUGGAUACAAGGGUAACCGCUGUGAAAUACGAGUAAAUCAAGACUGCUCGACCCUACAAGCAGCAGGGUACCACGAGAACGGAGUGUACUCAAUUGACCCAGACGGUAAAGGCGAAUUCGCCGUCCUUUGCGACAUGAAAACAGAUGGAGGUGGAUGGGUUGUUAUUCAAAAGCGCUUUGACGCGUCGAUCAGUUUUGAUCGCAUCUGGAAUGAAUACAAGAAAGGUUUUGGAGUAAUGAAAACUGGUGAAUUCUGGCUUGGAAAUGACUUUAUUCAUCGCUUAACCGCAGCCAAACCAACACAGGUAUACAUUGAAUUGGAAGACACCAGYGGACGUCGCACUUUUGCCAAGUAUUCAACCUUCAUUGUGGAAAGUGAGGUUAAUCUGUACCGUUUAGACGUCUCGGGAUAUUCAGGUACAGCUGGUAAUGCCCUAGUUCACCCAACCUCCGUCGCAUCGAGGUCCAAAGGUAUGGGUUUUGCCACGAAAKAUCGAGACAGCAACAAGUGCAGUGGUACGUGGGGUGGUGGAUGGUGGUAUAAUAAUUGCGCUGCUGGGGCCUUAAACAAGAGAACAAUUACAUGGACUACUCAAAGUGGAAUCGUUAAGAAAACAUCCAUGAAAGUCAAGCCUUCGUCUAAGUAAUGCACGAAAAGAUUAAGACAAAUUAAGGAA